AUCCAUUAACACCAAAAUAAAUGGUUGCGCCUAAGUCAAGAGAUAAACCAAAAAGGUACAAAAUACAUUCUUAGCUAUGUCUUUCCAGGCAGUUCAACUUACUGUCCAAGAUCAUUAUGUUGUUAUUGAUAAUGGAAUUCUUGCAAUCACGAUUUCGAAACCAGAUGGAAUCAUCACCAAGAUAAAGUUCAAUGGUAUAGAGAAUUUGCUUGAAGACACAAAUGAAGAAGAACAUAGAGGGUAUUGGGACCUUAAUUGGAGUGAUCCUGGAACUCCAGGCACAACAGGCUACUACGAUAGAAUCAAAGGAACCGAUUUUCAAGUUGUAGUACAGGACGAUGAAAUGGUGGAAGUGUCUUUUACAAGAACAUGGAACCCUUCAUCUAAAGGCAAAUUUGUGCCAUUGAACAUUGAUAGAAGGGUCAUAAUGCUUCAGGGUUUAUCAGGGUUCUACUCUUAUGGUAUUUAUGAGAAAUUAAAGGAAUGGCCUGGAUUUAAUCUUCCUCAAACAAGGAUUGUUUUCAACCUUAAUAAAAAGUGGUUUCAGUAUAUGGCAGUAGCAGAUAACAGACAAAGAAAAAUGCCACUUCCAGAUGACAGGUUACCAGGAAGGUGCCAAGUCCUUGAACCUCCUGAAGCAGUGCUUCUUACAAAUCCUAUAGAAGAAGAAUUUAAAGGAGAGGUGGAUGACAAAUAUCAGUAUUCGUGCGAGGACAGAGAUCUCCAAGUCCAUGGAUGGAUAUGCACCGAUCCCCCUACUGGAAUGUGGCAAAUAACACCUUGUGAUGAGUUCAGAACCGGAGGACCAUUCAAGCAAAACCUUACCUCUCAUGUUGGCCCUUACAACCUUGCUAUGUUUAUAAGUGCACAUUAUGCUGGGGAAGACAUGGUAGCAAAAUUUGCACAAGGUGAGGCAUGGAAAAGGGUGUUUGGUCCGGUUUUUACGUAUGUUAACUGUGUGCCUAAAGAAGAUGACUGGCAUUGGUUGUGGGAUGAUGCUAAGGAACAGGCCUUGAUCGAAACAGAUUGUUGGCCGUACACAUUUCCAGCUUCAGAAGACUAUCCAACAUCUGAUCAAAGGGGUAACCUCUCUGGCAGAUUAUUAGUCCAUGACAGGUAUUUUGAUGAUGAUUAUAUCCCAGCCAAUGGAGCAUAUAUAGGUUUAGCAUCUCCUAAUGAAUCAAAAUCUUGGCAGCUGGAAGGCAAGGGUUACCAGUUUUGGACAACAACAGAUGAAGAUGGUUAUUUUUUCAUAAAUGAUAUAAGGGCUGGUGACUAUAAUCUGUAUGCUUCGGUCCCUGGCUUCAUUGGAGACUAUGUAUGCGACGACAAUGUUUCCAUAACUCCAGGUUGUGAUAUUGACAUGGAGGAGCUUGUGUAUGAACCUCCAAGUGAUGGACCUACAUUGUGGGAAAUCGGUGUUCCUGAUCGAACAGCUAGGGAGUUUUACAUACCUGAUCCGAAUCCUAAGUAUGUCAACAAACUCUUUAUCAAUCACCCUGACAGAUUUAGGCAGUAUGGUUUAUGGGAAAGAUAUGCUGAAUUAUAUCCUAACGAAGAUCUGGUCUACACAAUUGGUGAAAGUGAUUAUGAAAAGGAUUGGUUCUUUGCUCAAGUUACCAGGAAGAAAGGAAAUACAUACCAAGGGACAACAUGGAAAAUCAAGUUCAACCUUGAACAAGUUGAUCAACAUGGAGUCUAUAAACUAAGAUUGGCACUUGCAACUGCGAACAUGGCAGAAUUACAGGUUCGAGUAAACGAUCCAAAAGCAGAACCUCCGGUAUUUACAACAGGACUAAUAGGGAAAGAUAACGCGAUUGCAAGACAUGGGAUUCAUGGGCUAUAUAGGCUUUAUAUUGCAGAUAUACAAGGAAAUAAGCUUGUACAAGGUGAUAAUACAAUCUAUUUGACUCAGGCAAAUGGUGGUAGCCCUUUUGUAGGAAUCAUGUAUGACUAUAUUCGCCUCGAAGGGCCUCCUGAUUCUGAUCAAAGUUAACGUUCCAAGGGUUAUUUUCUCUGAUGUAUAUAAACAAGAUGAAUAUGUAUAUUUUGUUUAUACCACGAAGAUCUUCAUUAUGAAAUGCUACUAUGUUAUGAUGUAUGUCAGUCUUGUCAUGUUAAAUAGAAAGCAAACUCUUGCUUAUAUACUAGUAUGAAGUUUUCUGAAGUGUAAAACAAUUUCAAACAAUAAUACAAGGAAAAUCUGUAACAAACACUUUUCUAAAA